UUUUAUUUUAGCUAAAAACAAAUACUACCUAGACAUAUGGUGUUUAUAGCGAAAACAAACUAAAAAAAUAGUCCCGAGUAAUUGAGAUCGAUUAUACAAAAUUUACCAUAUUCUUUGUCCAACAAUGAUUGGGGCAAAGUAUUUCAUCCUGCUAUGCUUAGUAGUUUCGGCAACAGAGGCCUCAAGGGACAGAGACAAUAAUCGACGUGGAAAACUCGAGGCUGAAAAGAUUGCGGAUAAUAACGAACCAAACUGGAUGAAGCUUUGUAGAUGUGCUAAACCAGCACUUCGUAAAAUGCAAGCUGCAAUCACUGAAUAUACUAAGCAGGUUAGCAUGGGAAAUGUAAAACGGAGCAGCAACUACAGACCUCCAGCCUUAAACGAUGUUAUUGAAAAAGUUACAAAGAUUGCGUACGAUUGCACAAAACAGCCGCAAUGCAGAUGUCCGGAAGGAUAUUUCAAAACAAACGAUGGAUAUCAUUGUCUAAAAAUUUCAAACAAUCGCGUUUCCUGCCAAGAAGCUGUGAAUGAGUGUUCCAAAGAUGUUAAUGCUCGACUCGCCGUUGCCAAAGACCACGAAAGACUGACAGAUCUUGCCGAUUACAUCCGAGAGAUUGACCCAACAGACGAAUCCUUUUACUGGAUUGGUCUGUCCUAUAACAGAACAGAUGGUGGAAUACCUAUAUGGACAUGGGAUGAUGGUACAAAAGCCAGUUAUGCGAUUACACGGGAUCUUAAGAAUAUGGUGAAGAAAUCUUUGCAUCUGAGUAUGAGCACUGGAGAAACAACUCGAGCUCUCGAAAGAGUGGCUAUCAGCAAGAACUACAGGGGAACACAUUGGAAACAAGAGACAUGCGUGGAUGAAUCAUUUGGAGUGAAACACAAAUAUAUUUGCGAGUUUUUGAUGUUCAAAGUUCACAUCAAAGCAGUUUCAACAAAGCAGUCACAAGCAGCAAAUACAGACGGAAAAAUCAGACAAUAUUAAAUACUGAACAUUGAAUUGUACAUUGGAUUACAAAAAUAUUUUUUAAAUUGUAAUGGAAACUUUGUAUCUAAUAAGCUCGGAAACACUGAAAUUGUCAAGAAAUAAAUUCAGUAUUUUUCAAUGUCAAGCUUGUGAUUUUACAACGGGAUCCAUGGUAUGACAACCAUCUUUUUUUUGCUGAUUUUAAUUCGCCUAAAGUGGUUUUAUAUAUGAUACUUAUGCUAUUGAUGAGAAAUAAAUUACCAUUUGAACUGACCAUUUCCCAUAAUUAAUGUAAAAAUUGAGACAAUAAACCGAUCUUGAAGGCUGGAAAAGAUUUUUGAAUUUUCAUCAAAACAUGGGCCAUUUUUAAUUUAUUCAAUCUUCUAAAUAUUUGAUUUUCCCUCACUCGUGUUUAUUGGAUGUUUUUAGUUAACUGUUCACCUAAAUCAACUUGCAUAAAAAGAAAAAUAUAACAGUAGAAUAAUCUUGGCACUGAUAUUUUGAUAGAUGCGUUUUAUUGGAAUCGGAUUUCCCAUUAAAACUAAUCUUUUUGUGUAUACUAUUUAUAGAACCUUUUUACAACUUGCUUCCAGAAUCAUUUUAUUAAAUGCAGCCCUAUUCAAGUAGAGAAGCCCCCUACAGUAAACUAAUUUUAUAUUCAUUGCAAUGCAAAAUAAUUGUACAUUUGCUGCGCUAUGUAUACGUGAUUAUAAAACUGUUUGUGAAAAACAAUUAAAUCAGUAACAUCGUUGAAGUUAAAGUU